AUGGGCGACCUACCGACAGAGCGUGUCACCCCUGCCUUUCCAUUCCUGAACACUGGUGUCGAUUUGUGUGGUCCGUUUUUCUAUCGACACGCUUUACGAAAAUCGAUCCCUGUCAAGUGCUAUGUUGCCAUUUUCGUGUGCCUUGCAACUAAAGCGGUACACGUUGAGCUGGUGGGCGACCUCUCAACCAAAUCGUUUAUCGCCGCCCUCAAGCGUUUUGUAGCCCGGCGUGGCAGGCCCGCAGUGAUUGAGUGCGAUAACGCUAAAAAUUUCCUGGGCACCUCUAGGGCGUUACCGGAGCUCUACGCACAAUUCCGCACCCAACAGCAUAAGCACGCAGUCACCACUCAAUGUUCCGAAGAGGGAAUCUUCUUCAAAUUCAUACCUCCACGCUCGCCCAAUUUCUGCGGCCUCUGGGAGGCCGCUGUCAAGUCUUUCAAAAAGCAUUUCAAGGCAACAAUCGGAACUACUAUUUUGCUCAAAGACGAUCUGGAGACAGUUCUGGUUCAAAUUGAAAGCUGCUUAAACUCCAGACCGCUGACGCAGCUGACUUCUGAACCAGAAGACCUGGAAAUACUUACUCCCGGCCACUUCCUGGUUCACCGUCCGCUGGUUUCCAUCCCAGAACCAUCGUACGAAGCCCUACCCACGAACCGCCUGGAUCGAUAUCAGCACGCGCAAGAACUCGUCCGACGCAUCUGA